UGAAAACGUAGGAUUGCAAAGUGGUGUGACAAGCCCUAAAAACUAGCAGGUGAGCCCACAUGUUAAAGCAAGGAAAGAGCACAACAUUUUCAUAUGAAAUUGAAUUUGUGAGGUUUGUUUGUUCGUUUGUUGUUUACAUGAAUCUCCGGCAAUGAAUAGGGCGGCGUUAAUCAGCUCUCAGGUGAACCCUAUUCACAUAAGGGCCUCUCUUUUUCAUUCUUCCCCAAUCUUGGAACGCAGAAGACGCACUCAUUGGGAUUCUGGAAAAAGUGCCAAUAAAGGCUCAUCAAGGAAAUCAUUCUUCUCCAGAAGAUAUAGGAAGCUUAACUCAAGGCAGGCACUGUUUGAGAGUGUGAAUGGAUUUGCUGAACAGUUUUUCCAGAGCUGGCAGCAUGACUGUGAUGAAUAUGACCCAUCUUCAAGCCGAGACAGUUCAUGGUUUAGACGAGAUUUCAGGGCUAGUGGACACAAAGGGGGAAGAUCAAAGAACAAGGGACAAAAUCAACACAGAGUGUUCCAAUUCUUGGAGGAGGAGGAUAUCGAGAUAGAGACCUUUUUCCGUUCUACAUUUGGUGGAAACAGAUACUACCACUGGUCAUUUAUUAAUGAAGAACCACAAUGGAGGAACUCAUCAAACUACUCUAACAGCCGUCAGUGGAAUUGGCGGCAUCAGUACUCGGACUAUGAUGAGUCAACAGACUCUGAGAAUUUAGAGUCAGAUUUGAGUUCAGAGCGUCUGACUCUUGGAUUGAAUGCAUUUGGCCCUUUGAAUCUGGAAGAUAUUAAGAAUGCAUAUCGUGUGUGUGCACUGAAAUGGCAUCCUGAUCGCCACCAAGGCUCAUCUAAGGUUGUUGCAGAAGAGAAGUUCAAGGCCUGCAGUGCAGCAUAUCAAUGUUUGUGUGAUAAACUGGGAUUAAGUCAAUAAUGGAGCAGAUAGUGACACAUCCUAGAUUAUUGGAUGAUGAUUACUCAAUUACUGAGUCUCCAAGAGGACAUGAGAUAUACUAACCUAUAUCAUCAAUAAAAGAGGCCCUUUAAUUGUAUUUGAAAUGGUACUUACACAAAUAGGAAGCUAUGUCAAAUUAGAUUAUUUGGAAGCAUUCACCAAGUGUUUGUAGGAGAGUUAUUUUGUUACCCUGAUAUAUUUUGGUUGGCUUUGUCCCUUAUUUGGGAUAAUUUUAGAGACAUUCUCUAGGUUUAAAUUGGUAACACUAACUUCCUUUGUGAUUUAUAAUAGCACAUUUAUCUUUUUUAUUU